GGACCCAACGCCGAGCGUCCUCAGGCUGGAUGUUAUAGUAGUGAGUGGAGUAGAUCUGAUCCUUCGACCGCUGCUCCGGCUAUUGUUGCUCAUAGCUCUGGAUUCCUUUUCUGUUGCGUGAGAGAAUUUCAGCAGCGCAAGGUCCAAGUGCAGAGUUCUAGCAGUGAAUCCUGUAAUUUCAGCCAGAACAAAGGGGUCACGGGGGCCUCCUCUGUAAAGUGAGAAGACGUCCUCUUAUUGAAAAAGAAAAAGGCAGAACUCCUUUUUGUGGGCUCGGAUAAAGGAUGCGGAGCUGAGGAGAGACUCCACUUACAAGUAGAACGACUUGCGGAGAGGUUUGAGGGCCGCUUGACAUCGCCGUGUUAGGGCGACAGGAUGAAGCGAUUCUCGUUGUCGGGCCUGAGGACCGUAGUAGGCGUCUGUGUAUUUCUGGGGGUGUGCAUCACCAUUGCGGCCCUCUGCCUGACGUUGGGACGACCGCCAAAAAAAGGUACAGCGCACUCCUCAUUCCCCACCGGAGGAGACAUGUUGGACUAUCUUCAGUCCAUAGGAGAAAUACCAACCCGUGAUGGACUACAUGUCACCUGGUAUCAUGCCGCGAACAACAAGAGCCAGAUGCAGGAAGCACUAAGCAGUGGUGUCAUGGUUUUAGAAGCCGAUGUCAAUGUGGAAGGGCACGCAACCCCGAAUGAGACAAAUAUUCCGAUCAUGGCUCAUCCACCCGACGUAUAUAGUGACAAUACACUACAAGAAUGGCUGGAUACCGUCCUUCAUUCUUCAAAAGGUAUCAAAUUGGACUUCAAAAGUAUCAAAGCUGUUGGACCCUCGCUUGACAUAUUACUCGCCAAGUCCUCCAAGACUUCUAUCAACCGUCCUGUAUGGCUCAAUGCAGACAUCGUGGCUGGUCCCAACGUCAAUCAUGAAAUUGGAGUAAACGCUACAGAGUUUCUAAACCUAAUCCAAGAGAGGUUCCCAAACAUCACUAUCUCCCCAGGCUGGGUGACGUUGUACUUACCACCCAUCGUAUCCAAUAGAACCUACUCGAGAGAAAUGGUUGAGAAGAUGUACAAUCUAGUGAAAGAUUUGCCCCAAAAAAUCACUUUCCCAGCCCGGGCUGUCCUUACCCGCUCAGCGUGGGAGAAUUUCUACUGGCUCCUGAAGCAAUCUGACCGGUACAGCCUGACUUUAUGGCAGGGGAGUUCAGACCCGCUGAAACUGGACGACCUUUUGUUUAUCCGAGAUAACAGCGAUCCCGAUGAGAUCUAUUAUGACAUUUAUGAUCCUCUGCUAUCGGAAUUUAAGCAAAUAGCAUUGAAUCCAAACAGGAAGAGACUGUUCUAUUCCGGAGGCUCACUCCAGAGGUACUUUCACUCCGACGAUGGUGAUGGAAUUUCAGUGAAGUGGUUUGAUGCCGAGGCAAACGUCGCCACCAUACAGAAUGUUUUAGCAAGCAGUUUUGGCAUGCUUACUCUCCAAGUCGAGAUCCAGACGAAAAGUUCUCCUACCCCAAUGGUGAUCUUGACCAAUUCGUCUUCAGCAUUUCCACUGGAAGAUCUUCUAAAGUUGAUCACUGACAGUAAUUCUCUGUGGGGAGUUUUCCUUAAACCAAAUGACCAAGUAUCCCUGAAUGAAACGCUCAGUGUCCUGAAGAGACUAAAUGACCAGAAGCUCCUAAAUCUACCAGUGUGGGUUGGCAUGGAUGUAUCUUACGAGAGUUUCAGUACACCUGGGUAUAUCCGGGGAGAAGACUUCAUUGGUAGCAUCAAUUCUAUCUUCUCGGGUGUUACAGUCGCUCCUGGGUGGCCCAAAGAACGGAUGGCCACGGGUUACACCGAACCGAUGGUGCAGGAUAUGCUAAAACUCUGCAAAGACCUUUGGCAGGAAAUCUCCUUCCAGCUACGGGCAGCUGACUUGAGUACGACCUGGCAGAAUGCAGUAAAACUGCUGACGGUCUCCCCCAUGUAUACGCUUACUGUGGAACACAGCACUGAGCAAGGAUCAUUCAUGGAUGGGUAUCAUGGACUGAUGGCCAUCAGAACUCACACCGAAAAUGGCGUCUAUUACAAACUACCACCAGAUUACCGGAAUUCGUUCAUGACAAGUAUCUACAGCACAUAGAGGGAAUCACUCAUGGACCCUCUCACUGUGGGACCAAAUUGAAUUGUAUGAACUUCUUUGAUUAAUUUCAUCAUAAAAUGCUUAACAAAUCCAGUAGUUCGUGAUAAGGGAUAUGUAGUGUGUAUUAUUUAUAUAGAGGUAGACGUUCUUUACUGGAAUGUGGGAUGAGGGUGGUAGCUGAAGCAUCUGAUUGGCUUUUGUAAAAUGUAAAGAAGGUUUGAAAAAAAAAAAAAAAAUGACCAUGUGUGUGACCUGAUCUACUAGUCGGAAAUGUUGGUAAGUGUAUUUAUAGAAACAUACUGAUCCAACAUAUCAAUGCAUUGAUCUACAAAUAUAUUAAAGUUAGUUUUGU